AAAGUAUAUUACAGAAACGUCAAAAAAGUCAUGUGUAAGUUUGCAUGUGGGUUUAUUUACUAUUUUGAUGUGAUGAAAAAAGUUAUUUUUUAAUCAUUUAAAGAUUUAAUAUAGCAAAAUGAAGAGUAAACCUGUAAAACACAAGUCUACCAACACUUUUCGGUUUGUACCUUUUGCGGAACGGAUAAAUUCCAUAGACAUCCGCCAUGCAGCUUUCUACCACAUUGAGCAUGCAAACACAGAACACCCACAGGAGAAUGUAACACACUUCCACCUAACUAUACGGAAAUGGUACGCACUCAACUUGACAGAAAACUUCAAGAAGUUUAGGCGUGAAGUAUUUGGUAUUGUGACUGUGCCUUACCUGGUGCAUAAGAAAGAUAUAGUUCUUGAAAUAUUGGAGAGAUAUUUGAAAUUGGAGGAUCAGUUGUGCUUACAACCUUUAUUGGAAAUUUUGGUAGCAGUAGCAAAAGAUUUGCGUGAAGACUUUUAUCCCUAUUUUCCUAAAUUUCUUGAUAUACUCAUAUCAUUGUUAAACACAAAAGAUGCCGAAAGAUUAGAAUGGACAUUACUUUGCCUUGCAUUCUUGUUCAAAAUCCUGAAACCACAUUUAAAGAAAGAUUUAGCUGUUGUUUUAAAAAGGAUUAUACCUUUAUUGAGUGAAAGUCAUCCACAAUACAUAAACAACUUUGCUGCAGAGAGCUUUGCAUUUGUUGCCCGUGAUGUAAGAGAUAAGAAUAAAUUUAUCUCACUGGUGCUCAAUUACUUACAAGACAAUGAAGAUGCUAUAACAGGAUGUGGUCAUCUAAUGUUCGAAAUACUUAGGGGAGUGACUGGCAAAUUCCAUAGUUGCAUAGAAACUUUUCUGCCCCUACUCCUUCAAAAUUUUAAACAAAAGAAGGAACAUCAAGAGCUGCUAUUCAAAGUACUGACACAAACAGUAGAAGACAGUUUACAGACCAUUUCACAUAAAGAGUUUGGUGUAUUCUGGAAUAAUGUGACGAAAUACACUGAAGAAAUCCUAAAGGAUGAUGAUGGUGAAAGUAAUGGUUUGGAAUAUGUUCUAAGACUUGCAGGUCAAGUCAUUGAACAUCAAAGAGGCAAAUACUUAGCAAAUCCGCCACAGUUCGUGCUUUUGUUGGUAAAAGUAAUAUGUGAACAGUCAUCAGAGAGUGUUCUCGAAGUUUGUUCGCAGAUUGGUGCUGUUUUACUCUUAUCUCCUAAUUUGUCCCUUUCUCAGGAGCAUGCUGGAAUUAUUGUCAAAGUACUAUUGCCUUUACCAUUCCCAAACAUUUUGAUAAACUUUGUGCAAAAUGUAAUAGAUUACUCCCAGUUUGAUAUGCACAUAUUGCCUGCAUUUGUAAAGUAUGUAAUUCAAUCAGGAUUUGAUAAUGAAGCAAUAUGUACUCUAAGCAAAAUAUGUUUGAGAAAGUCACCUCUUUCUAUGAAUGGUAUCAAAUUGUUUGAAUGGGUGAAAUAUCCUAUCGAUUUUGGUAAAAAUUUACCUGAUUUUAUGGAACAUUUUCAAUUAGUUGUUAAUGAAGACAUUGAAAAUAUUGUCGAGAAUCCUGUAAAACUGGCAAAUGUGUUAUUCUGUUUGCCUCAUGUAGAAAAGGUAGAUGUUGAUUACUGCAUUACUGAACUGAGUAAUCUGAUGUCGAAACUGCUGAAAGUAUUGAAAAGCUACAAUCUUGAAAAUCAAACUGAGGAAAACAAGUAUCAUUGUGAGACGAACGCGCUAUCUCGAUGCGCCAGAAAAGUCUUCUUUAUAUUAGCAAAUGCAAUGGAAAGCGCAAUUCACAUAUCGAACUGCAAGAAAUUGAGUCAGAUUUGUGACAUUGACAUACUCUUGCCGACAAUUCUCCCCUGUGCGGCGGAUCCUAACUAUUUAUGCGCAUUACAUUUGCUUGAUUUAUAUUUGACAGCAUAUGAGCAAGAAAAUGGAUUAACUUUCCCAUUCUUAUCUUUAGUCGAUUCUUAUUUGAAGAACAACGUAUCGUCGCCCUUUCAUAUCGUACGUUUACUAACAACGCACAUAUACAAACUAUUUGAAAAUUUAAGCGAAUUCAACAAAAUCGUAAUUGUGGGCGGGGAAGAAGAAAGAUUCUCCAUUUUUAGUAGAUGUUACGCUGUUGAAUCAAUGUCGCCGUCUAUCCAAGAAUACAGAGCUCAGAUAAAUAUGUUACAAAAGAUGACAUUCAACACAACACAGUAUACACUUGCAAAGGACACGGAAUUUCAUCUUUUUCCUUUAAAUUAUAUGCUUGGGGUUUUGUAUGUUAAUUUCAAACUAUUGUGGGAGCCAGUAUCUGAAUUUGUAGCUGGUUUUGGUAAUACUCUUACAGUUGAUGAAUUCUGGCCUACUUUCCAUACAGCUCUGCAAACUGCCUUUUUGAAUGCAAAGAGAAAUCUAAAGCGUUUUCAAUUUGAUAACGAAGUUGAUACAGAUUAUGAGACGCUAAAAGAUUUAUAUUCUGAUUAUAACAGUAUUGCAGAAAGACCAGACUUAUAUAAUUACCGAAACUUGCUAUUAAAAGUGAUGACAAAUUGUAUACAAGUCUGCGAAGCAAAGAAUCGCGAUGUUGUAAUAUUGUUUUUGAACUUCAUCGACGAAGAGUAUAGAAGGAACGAUAAUGCGAAUGCUUUAAAAAUAGAUGUCGAGCUUCAUGAUAAAAAAAUGGACGUAAAUGAAGAAAAUAUUGAAGAAGAUGCUGAAAAUACCGAAGAAAUGCUCGAAUAUGAAGAACCUAAAGAUACAAUUAACGGAAAAUUAGUAUUUAAGACACUAAUAAAUGUAAUGCAAGUAUUAGCGCAAUUUAAAAACCCUAGAGCGUUACAUAAAGAACCAAUAUUUUGGGAACUUUAUAUGGAGUUUUUAAAGCACAAAAAUCCAGGCCUCCAAAAAUUUGCACUGGAUUGUGUUUUGAAUUAUAAGAACAAAAGUGUAACGCCAUAUAAAAGUAAUUUGUACAAUUUAGUGGAUGAUAAAAAGUUUAAAGACGAACUGGCAUUAUUCAAAAUAACAGAAGAUGCUAAAAGUAUACAACCAGAAGAUAGAGAGCAUGUGGUGCCAAUAAUUUUAAGAAUCUUGUAUGGUAAAAUGACAUCGAAAUUGGGAGCAGAUAAAAAGGGCGGGGGUCAAACGCGACGAUCUCUAGUCAUGAGGUAUUUAGCAGGAUGUAAUGAAAAUGAACUCAAAAUGUUCAUAGAAAUGGCCUUUUCACAUUUCAAACAGUACAUGACAAUGAAACCUAAAGAAAUAUACGACAAUAUUGUAUCUAACUUAGAUUUGAAAUCGAUUACAAGUCCAGGAAAAUUACAUAGUGUUUUAAAUCUCUUCGAAGUAGUACGUGAAUAUUUUGGAGGAUACAUGAAAGAACAGUUACUAUCGGAGUUAUUUACGAUAUUCUUCGCAAUUUGCUCAACUUUCGCUGCCGUGUUGAACCAAGGAGAUAAAGUUCAUGUUGGGUAUAUCAAAGUGAUGAAAAAUCUGCGGACAAUUGCGCUCGGUAUAACGAAGAAGCUUUUUGAGCAAUUCGAUAAAUACCCUUGGAAUAAAGAUGAACUGUACGUGGUUUUUGAAACGCUGUUGUGGCCGUUGAUCCCAAAACUCCACAUUGAAGGCAUCCACAGCCCAACAGCUCUUCUGAAAUUAUUGAACACAUGGUGUCAAAAUCCCAGAUACUAUAUCCUACUGGUUACAAAAUCAGAGAGGGAUUCUAUAAGUCCUUUACCAGCAAUAUUUAAGCUAUUACUGGCUCCAAAAACUACACCUGGAGUUGUUAACAUGAUUCUAGACAUGAUUGAAAAACUAUUAAUGUUAACGGAAAGUGAAGAAGAUAAAGAAUUAACACCGAUUGAUUCUUUUUGUACUCUAGAAGUCGAUAACCUUGAAGCAUGCAAUGUCAACAACAUAAACUUUGGAAGUAAGAUCUUGGAACCACACAUUCCAAGUAUACUGGAAGUCAUGAAGAGAAGAAUGGCGAACUCCGCUAAAUCAAACACGGUCAAUAAAAGAGAUUUAUUGAUUCUAUCCAGAGUUACGGAAUUGGUUGCUAAUCCUAAAAUUUGUGACGAACUUUUGAAUUUACUUCUACCAAUUUUAGUUAAGAAAGUGUGUACGAAUAUGGCAGAGGAAAAUAUGGAACACGCUGUCAACACAAUCAUAAACCUCUUGGGACACAGCUCAAACCCACAAGUUUAUAUAAAAAAUAUUGCAGUUCUAUUCAAUAAAAUCAACCCUGUCGAGAUUAGGAAGCUCCUUAUAAAAUUGCUUACAUCUAUUGCCGAUAAUGCGCCAUCUAAUAAGGAAGUAUUAAUUAGAAUGGCAAAUGUUGUCACUGAAAUGAAUGCUUAUAAUAAAAGAUGGAUUGAACAGCCUGAUUUUGAUCGACGACUUGAUGCAUAUAAGCAAAUAUACCAGCUUGUAGACAAUGGUGAAAUGGACGUUGAUUUAACAAUACUAAUAGUGAACAAUUGUUUUUAUUUCAUCCGUACCGAAAAAGAUAUUGGGUUGAGAGAUAGUGCAGGACUGUGUUUGAAAAGAAUCUUGCCAAAGUUGCUGAUGAAGUAUCGGUCGGCAACAGAUGGCCAAUUUUUAGUUCGUGACACAGUUUUAUCACUUAUUUCCAAUGGUAUACGGGAUGUUAAAAAUGAUUUACUGAAAAAUGAAUCUAUAGCAUUACUCGGAGAGUUGGCACGGGAGUGUCCUGAUGCAGAUGUAGUUCUAUCAGAUUUAGCUCAUUUAACUAAUAAACAAGAUAUGGAGGUAGAUUUCUUCGAAAACAUGUGUCACUUGCAAAUGCAUCGCCGUGUUAGAGCGCUAUUGAAGUUCUGCAAGGUUGCAAAGAAAAUGUCGAAAUGUCCAUCACCAAGAACUUUAACUAAUUUUAUAUUCCCACUUGCCUCCACAUAUCUCUGUGAUGACAAAUACACAGAUAAGAAUACUCUGAUCGAUGCUGCCAUAGAUGUUGUAUCUACGUGCUGUAGAUUAUUACCGUGGUAUCACUACGAAGUCAUACUUAAGUUAUAUUUGAACAAAAUGCGUCACUCUACUGAACAUCAGAAGCAAUUAACACGUAUAAUAGUUGGGAUUAUAGACGCUUUCCACUUUGAUUUUUCGAAGGUAAAAAAUAUUGAACUGCCAAAAUCAUUGCUUGUUAACGUGGUAACAAAUAAAUCUAAACAGAACAAAAAAGAUGAUAACACUAUAAAUAAAGACGAAGAAAUUGUUGAAGAUGAACCAAAGGUAGAAGAAAAUGAUGCGACCGUUAAAGAUACUGAAGAGGUAGAUACGAAAGAAAAUGAUGGGGAAACAGAACAAGAUAUAGAAACUGAGUUAAAAGCAGCAGACGAAGAGGCUGCGGAAGAUGAGACUUCUAAAGAAGUGGCGAAUAUUCCUGCGUUUGAAAGAGUGACGAGCGUGUCACCUUCUGUAGCUAAAAGAAUUAUCAAGUCUUUAUCAGCUGGACUCCUUCCGCAAUUGAACAGGGCGAUAGGCAAACUGACCGAACACGAAGAAUCGCAUAAAGUGAACCGACGGCGCACAGGGUUUGAAAGACAAGAAGAGGAUAUGUUGCGUGUCCCGAUAGCGCUAGCGUUGGUGAAACUGCUGCAACGACUGCCCGGCGAUCUGUUGCGGCAUCAACUGCCUGGGAUCAUGAUCAAGUUAUGCUCAUUCCUAAAAUCACCGCUGAAGCAAGUCCGUAUCGCAGCUCGUGACAUCGUCAAAAAGAUUAUGCUGACAGUUGGUACAGCGUACUUGGGAGUAUUUCUAGAACAUGUAACUUUGCUACUCACUAGAGGCUUCCAAGUCCAUGUGCUUGUUUCCACAAUACACACAGUUCUUGAUGCUUUAAAAGCAGAUUUUAAACCAGGGGAACUGAAUCAAAACUUACAUUACAUAUUAGACGUUUGCAUUAAUGAUCUUUUCGGGGCUUUGUCUGAAGAAAAGGAAGUAGAUAAGCUGCAUUACAAGACGCCAGAAGCGAAACCGAGUAAAAAGAGCUACGUCACACUGAUGAUAGUGUCUCAGAAUAUUACAGAGAGUUGUUUGAUAAACCUCCUACUGCCGUUUAAAGAUUUAUUGCAGAAACACCAUUCGAAGAAAAUAGUUUUAAAAGUUCAAGAGGCAUUGAUGCACAUCUCUAGUGGUUUGGUUACUAAUAAGUUCAUUGACAUUGAAUCUCUGUUCGUGUUUCUACACGGCGUAGCUUCAGAAAGUAUCCCAGAAUUCGUAUUGGGAGCACCGAAAAGAGAAAUAACUGAAGCACAGAAAGAAAAAAUGCUGAGGGCUAAACCAGAUUGUUUCAUAAUCCCUGAAACACCAAAAAGGAACAAAGAGACUCAAGCAAAACACGUAAAAGUAUCUGGAAAAGCCAAUGCCCAUGUGUUGGUUGAGUUUAGUUUGAACAUCCUGUACAUAAUACUCAAAAGGGAGAAAGUGCCUCGAAUGGAUUGUAAAGCGUUUGUAGAUCCUCUUAUACCCUUACUCGUGGAUGCGCUAAAAAGCGACCACGUUAAAGUGACCACAGUCUCUUUGAAAUGUAUAUCGACUUUAUGGACCAUUCGAAUUAGCACACCGACUCUAGAGGAAAUGAUACAGGAUGUAGUGAAAACCAUAUUUACAAUUCUACACAAGUACGCUACGUUUGAAAUUAGCAAGCAGAACGAUAAUUAUAAUUUGGUGAAGACUGCUUUUAAGGCAGUAACAGUAUUAAUACGCAACGUGAAAUACCACAAAAUAGAAGCGGAUCAAUUAAAAGUCCUUCUUCUAUACGCGGAGGAAGAUUGCCAAAGCGACGAACGACAAGUAAACUCCUUCCCGCUACUAAAGGCGAUAUUGGAAGCGAAACUCGUGUCUCCAGAACUGCACGAGGUCAUGGAGAAAGUGGCCAGGAUUUGUAUUUUGAGUGUUUCAGCGAAGUCCAGGGAAGAAGCGCGUGUGAUAUUUAUAAAUUACAUAACAAAUUACUCGCAAGGCAAGCGGCUGCCGAAAUACAUAGAGUUCUUUAUGUCGCAGCUGAACUUCGAACUGCAACACGGCAGAGAGUCGUCGCUCAAGUUCUUAGAGAUGAUCAUAAAUAAGUUGCCGUCGGUACAACUCGUUAAGUUCGGUGAUCAUCUCCUGCUGACGCUGGGCGCGUGCAUGGUCAACGACCCUGCGCCGGAGUGUCGCUCGUCGGCUGCAGACUGCAUCGAGGCGAUGCUCAAACGAUUCCCAGCACCGGAGAGGACUAAACUGUUUGAACUGGUGCUCACGUUCUUUCAGGAUAAUCAGCCAGUGCAUUUUGAAUUAGCCGCACAAUUAACCACACGCUUUGUGAACGUCGAAGGUGAAAACUUCAAGAACCGUCUCAGUACAGUACUAUCGCUUACCAGUAGCCGAAUAAUGCUGCUAAGUAACGAUAUAACUGAAGGUAGAUUCGUUAAAUUAAAACUACAAGAAUCCGAAGAAAAAACCGACGAAGAAAAACAGAGUGAAAAAGAUCACAGCUUGAUACAAAUACUCAACCUUAUCGAUAAAAUCACUAUUCAUUGCGAGUCCAGUAUGAAGAAUAAGAAAUUCAUUACUGAAUUUGAUGAAAUAGGCCAGCAAUGUCAAGCGUUACUCGCUUAUCCACACUCGUGGGUGCGGCUUAAAGCUGCAAGGAUUUUAACUCAUAUAAUCAAUGUAGUGGAUGCCGCAGAAUUGGAGGAAGUAGUAAGAAAUACCGAUGACAAUGAGAGAGGUUUUAUUUACAACGAAACAGAGGCAACGUUAAGGAGUUUGAUAUUGGACUUAUGUGCGCAAUACACUCCGUCGGUGUCAAAAGAUAUGGCUGAACAAGUCACGGCAGUACUCUUACUGAUAUUAAAGUUAGUUCACGCUAUGCCAUACUUCAAGCUAGGAAAAAAAAUAGACAAAGAGAAUGAAGACGCGGAAGGCGGCGGUAAACUAAAUAUUAGAUGGAUUCUGUUUAAAUUGAGAAGAGCUAUUAACGUCGAAGUAGCCAGAGCACCUACGUCUAUGAAUAUAAGAAUAGCGAUAUUCACAAUGUUCAAGCACGUGGUCAAUUCCUUCGAAGUUCAAGACAUAAACAAUAUAAUAGAUGUGAUACUACCGCCGAUAGUUCGGGAAAUGUCCACCGGCGACGCGACAGCGCCACCGUCGGUCCCCAAACAACUUGCAAGAGGCCUUGGAAGACGAUUGCGAAGGAAAAUAGGAGACAUUGAGUACAGUAAACUUGUGGCUGAGGUGCAAACACGGCUGAAUAUUAAGAGAGCAGAGAGGAAAAAGAUACUGCUGCAAGAAAAAGUGAACAAUCCAGAAAAGGCAGCUAAGAGAAAACUACAGAUGAAAGAAAAGAAGAAACAGUCAAAGAAAAUGAAGUUAGAAAUGUUACAGGGCAGGAGACCACGUGCCAAGAAACGCAAGGCCGAAGAUGUUGAUCUUGAAGAUGUCUUGUUAAAUGACGAAUGAAUAUGGCUGAUAAAUAUCCUUUUGAAUCUUAAAAAUGGUAUAAACGAUGAAAAAUUUUAUAAGAAUAAAUAUCUUAAAAAAAGUUUUCUUUUAUAAGCUUUUCAGCACUGAUUACAUUUUAUGAAUAUAAGUAUGUAAAUAUUAGAUAG